GAAUGAAAUGGAACACCGCGUGGAAUGGAAUGCCCUGGGCUAUUGCGAGAGACUGCAUUGCAUCUAAAAAGUUGCUCGGUUCUGGUCGUGAAGAUCUCGUCGACUGCAGAUAGUAAACGUUGAAGCAUUGCCAUGAUCAAUAUUCACCAAUCAUGUUGUGUUACAAUCUUUAAUCUUGGUUUCUAAUAAGUUUUUCUUCCGGUGAUCAUGGGCGGUGGUGGGUUGCGCAUCCUGCCGCACAAGAAGUGGCAUGUGUGGCGGCGUGAUAAUAUCGAGCGCGUAUUGCGGGACGAGCGCGAACACGAGGAGAAGCAGCAGGCUUCGGAGGCGAAAGAGCGGCGGUUAGAGCAGGAGCGACGCGCGCAGCAGCUUAUCCCGGCCGAAGGGUCUGAUUCCAAGCAGCACAUUAACUUCUUCCAGGCGGAGGAGGCGCAAGCACAUCGGACAGAGGGCGGCAAUCACAAUAAGAAGCAUAGGGGUUCGGAUGAUACGCUGAGACGACACGGGAGACUGCCCUGGUACGCGCAGACUGAAGAUGUGGCGAAGAAGGAGCCGACGGCAAGACAGGAGCGCAAGCGAAAGAGAGAGCUGGAGGAGGCUGACCCGUUGCAUCACAUGCGUCCGAAAGAGAAGCCUUUGUUUGCUGUGGAAGAAGAGAGAGGAAGGCGCAAACGCAGACUUAUCGCUGAUGAAGGACCUGCGGGUAGUGACCGUAGGAAAUACUCGGGUCGUUAUGACCGCUCGUCGUCUUCUGAACGUGGAGAGCCUCGCCGCAGUAAAAAAGAAGUCAAGCGGUCGAAGCGCCAUAAAGAAAGAAAACGCAAGGGCGAACACAAGCUCAGUAAAAAAGACGCAUUGAAGCAAGAGCUACGUCGUGAACGAGAUGAAAGAGAAGCAUCCGAGAGGCGUAGAGCUGAAAGACUCAUGUACGGAUAAAGAAGACAAAAUUUGGUUGAAAAGCAAUUUCAUUAUGGCAUUCCCGUUUUGCAGUCGAGAGACUGCGGAUUGAGUUAGAGCGAGACAACUUAGUUGUCCUUCUCCACCUUCUUAAUACCGCGAAGACGGCCCGUGCGGCGGGCGGCAA